AUGGCCAUCCCGCGCGCGGCGCUCCUUAUUUCGAUUGUCUGCCUCUUUGGAACCGCCUCUGCUACUGCUGCAGGUCCAUUAAUCUCGUCGGGCAUUGGGCCUCGUCGUAACCUUACAGAUCUUCGCGGGUCUCGUCGGGCCUUUGAACACGUAUUCGUUCCCAAGCCCGUGACUGCAGCACUCGGCGCAACGGCAGGAGCCACGCUCAAAGCAGUCCAAUCAGCAGCUGCCACGAUUGCAGGCUUCGUUUCUCGAUUUCCAGACAAGCACUUAUUCGGCGACGCUUCUAAGGGUUGCGAGGAUUUUGUCGUGCUGCCUGCAUGCGAUUUCUAUUUUGACCUGCUCGGCCCUCUGGGUCUGCCCUCUCUUCGUCUCCCUUUCGUCUCUCAACUUGUGCUGCUGGAUUCCCAGCGCAACGGGGACCGUCCCGUGAGCCUGAAUAUCGCCACCAGCGUUUCGCCCAGCGUUGACGAAGUUGGCGACGACAAGAAGAAGGAUAACCGUUACCAGGUGGAGGUGGAUGCGACUGGGAAGGCGGUAUACUGCAAGUCCAGCGAGGGUGUAUGCUCGGACUUUCCAGAAGGACCUUCUAGCAGAAGCCUUCCAGGGCUGUUGUGUGCGCCUGCCACUGGCCAGCGUGCAGCUGAAGGCUCCUAA